GUAUCGGUACAACAAGCGUUCGCGCCAACGACAACAAAUCGUUGCUUUUAGCUAUGGAAGCGUCAAAAUAAAUUCUAGUUGUUUUACAAAAAAAAAUUUCAAAAUCAAUUUCUUCAAAAACUGUGCAACCAACUCCCCCAACGCGACACCGUUGCUUAGCCGCAUUCGUGUGCAGCCAAAGCCUAAAAAUCAACGACUCCGCAAAACCGCCUAAGCCAUGGAUUUGACAAAUGCUUUAUCGACGCUAACGCUGCCACAGCCAGCGGGCUUCCAGUAUUUACGCGAUGGCCGCAACAUCAGUCUGGCCGAGAGUGUACCCGCUGAUAUUUUCCACAUGGUCGAUCCCUACUGGUACAAAUGGCAACCCAUGGAGCAGAUUUGGUUCCACAUAAUUGGCUUCAUUAUAACCAUUUUGGGUGUGAUGUCACUGUCGGGCAAUUUCAUUGUCAUGUACAUAUUCACCUCGACGCGUUCGCUGCGCACACCAUCGAAUAUAUUCGUGGUGAAUUUGGCCUUUUCCGAUUUCAUGAUGAUGUUCACCAUGUUCCCGCCCGUCGUUUUGAACGGUUUCUAUGGCACUUGGAUAAUGGGACCGCUGCUGUGUGAGUUGUACGGUUUGGCGGGUUCGCUUUUCGGCUGCGUGUCGAUUUGGUCAAUGACGUUGAUCGCCUACGAUCGGUAUUGUGUGAUUGUUAAGGGUUUGUCGCGCAAGCCGCUCACCACAACGGUGGCUGUGAUACGUUUGGUAUUUGUGUGGUGUAUUUGCGGCACAUGGGCCAUACUGCCGAUGGUCGGCUGGAAUCGUUAUGUACCUGAGGGAAAUAUGACCGCUUGCGGCACAGACUACUUUGCUAAGGACUGGUAUAAUCGUUCGUAUAUUAUUGUGUACUCGUUGUGGGUGUACGCUACGCCAUUGACGACCAUUAUCUUCUCCUAUUAUCACAUUAUGAAGGCUGUUUAUGCUCACGAGAAAGCCAUGCGCGAUCAAGCGAAGAAAAUGAAUGUAGCUUCAUUGCGCAACAGCGAGGCGGACAAAGGUAAAUCGAUCGAAAUCAAAUUGGCGAAGGUGGCGCUUGUGACAAUAUCGUUGUGGUUCCUCGCCUGGACUCCAUAUACCAUCAUCAAUUAUGCGGGUGUUUUCGGUUCGAUGAAUCUCUCACCGCUAAGCACCAUUUGCGGUUCGGUGUUUGCAAAGGCGAAUUCCGUUUGCAAUCCAAUUGUCUAUGGACUCAGUCAUCCCAAGUACCGAGAAGUGUUACGCGAGAAGAUUCCCUGCCUUGCCUGUGGCAAAGACGAUGUGGCCUCCGAAGUGCGCACACAAGCGACAGCCGAGAUCAGCGAAUCGGCAGCUUAGGCGUGUGCGAAACGAGUGUGGAACCGAAAGUACAAUAAUGAUUAGUUAUUUCGAAACGCUGCAACUGGACACAAUGAUCAGGACGAUGCAACUACGACGACUUUGUUAGACCCAUUAGGACCCAUGCGUAUAGUUUAGUUUAGAUACGCUUGGGCCUGGCAUGGAUAACGAAUGAAAUGAACAAAUUAACAACCAGACGAACUAAAGAAAAAGUCUAACAACAACGAGAAAAAUAACAUGUGCAACGAGAAUCAAAUCGAAAAAAAAGAAAUUAACAAAAAAAUCGCAAAAAAAUGCAAGUUAUGUAGAAGAGAUUUUUGGCGGAGCAUCAAGUGUACAAAAUACUUCAAAGUUUUACCUAAAAAAAAAAAAACAAGAAUUUAAGCUACCGAUUUUUCAGCAUAUUUUUCUACUUAAACUUUGUACACUUCCCUCUUCGCUAACAUUUCUCUUAACCUGCUAAAUGUUUACUCAAGUAAUUCCUCUCUCUCUUCAACGUUUUAUUUAUGCAACUUAUUGUAAUAUUUAUUUAAAGGAGCUGCAACUAAAAAAUCUAAAAAAAAAAAAUGGAAUCAAAAUAAA